AUGGACGAGGAAGACGACGCCUGGUCGUACUCUUUUCCUCCUUCCACAGAGUUGCUUCCGCUAAGUGGAGACGAUAACGACGACGGGAGUGGACAAGACAGUUCAAAUGGGUCAGUGAGAAAUGGUACCAAGACAGGCUUAGCCCAGCCGAUGCCGAAACAAAGGGGCGAGCUUCUGAAGAUAUCUACAUCAGCCAAAGGUGAUAGUGUACUGUUUCGCUCGGCUUCUGUAGGGCUGCCGGGUCCAUCUUCGGCGUCGAUUGGCAAUACUAGAGGCAGUGGGUUUAUGCCCAAGACCGUGCCUGCCGACCCCCAUACUACGAAAAAAGAUGCUAGCUCUAUCAUGUCGAAAGAAGGUUCCACCAAUGCGCUAGCUCAGGCUCCUAAUGGCACUGAAGGUUCUGCUAGUCCUCCAUUGACGCCAAAGACAGACCUCAGUAAUUCUGUGAAAAUCUGGCAAAAACAGCAAGAACAAGACUCUCAGAGCACGCAGCUUAGCGAGAUGGCAGCUGCUGCGGCGGCUGAGAACGCAGCAGGCGGUGACUUCGCUGUUUCGCCAAAGAUCAUAGCCUACAGAAAGAACCACAAGAAAACACUCAGUGAAGGCCUAGGACCAGCGUUUAUUGAUCAACAGAACGAAUUGGAGCGAGAGAAAUUUGAUCCGAAGCUUUACGUGGCUGAUAAGUUCAAAGAUACGCAAUACAGGUACGCUACGAUGAAGCGAAAUGUCGACUUUCAUCAGCUCUUUAGAAGUCUUGAUUUGACUGAUCGUCUUUUGGAUGAUUUCGCUUGUGCCCUAAGUCGAGAGAUUUUGCUACAAGGCAGACUAUAUGUCACUGAACAUUCGCUCUGUUUCAACUCGAACCUUCUUGGAUGGGUAACAAGCCUCAUUGUACCUUUUGAGGAUAUCCAGAGAAUCGAUAAAAAAUCGACAGCUGGUCUUUUUCCAAACGGCAUUUCCAUCGAGACCAAGGAUGCAAAGCACAAUUUUGCAAGUUUCCUUUCUAGGGAAUCGACCUACGAGUUUCUCAGAACAGUAUGGCUGGCCUCAACAGGGAAAGAAAUAGCGGAACUAGACUCCUCGCCGCCACUACCGGCUAACAAAAUAAAAGUCGGUCCUUCUUCUAGCACGGAUGGGAAAAUAGACUCAUACAUUCAUUCGAUAGAUGGUGAUGACGUGCCUGAAGUCAGAGGUAAGAGUAGCGGCGAGUUUGGCGAGGAACAAUUUAGUUCUGAGGAGUCUGAUGAAUCGGAAGAGGAAAGCGAAAGCGAUUACAGUAACUCGGAGGCUCAGCUCGACUCACCCCAUACGGAACAAAGUAUAGAUGAUGCUUCACUACACGAUUCUGAAACCGUUCCUACCAAGAUUCAGAGGUUGAAGCCAGACAGUUCUUAUAAAAACAUGGGGCCCGAGACUCACCAUCCAACGACAGUGAGCAAGAAAUUUGAGGACGAUGAAAAUGAAUGUGAGAUUUGCUCUGCUACUAUUGCAGCCCCAAUGGGAACCGUAUUUGAUAUUAUGUUCGGGAGCAAUGACACAAGUUUCCAUUCGAAGUUCUUAGAGACACAUGAUGCUUCCGAAAUCACCAAGUAUGAUGAUUACCAUCCAAUGGAAGACGAUCCUACUAGGUUGGAAAGAAAAUAUGUCUACAAGAGAGCUUUGGGCUACUCAAUAGGUCCAAAGUCAACCCGUUGCAUUGUGAGUGAGAUAAUAGAACAUCUCAAUUUUGCCGAUUAUGUGGUACUUCUCUCGGUUACAUCCACACCCGAUGUUCCAUCAGGUGGAGCUUUUACUGUCAGAACAAGAUAUUACUUCACUUGGGGCGAGGCUAACACAACAAGAGUCAAGAUUGCCUACUAUGUUAAGUGGACAGGUUCAUCAUGGAUCAAAAAAAUGGUAGAGAACCUGACGCAAUCUGCUCAAGCGGCAGCGGCCAAGGAUUUGGUCGAAGUGUUGAAUAAAGAGAUUACAGAGCAUACCUUUAGCGCUUCGGGUCCACCUGCUCUUAAGACUGAAGUCGAAGCAGCCGAACAGGAAGAGCAGUUGCCAGCUGCACCAAAAGCUGUUAAACAGAAGAAGAAGAAAGAGAAGGUGGUCUCCUUCAGCUUCAGCUCACCACUCGGUAUCAUCAGCGUUAUUGGAGGCGUUCUACUAUCUAUGCUUUUGUUUGUUCAGUUCAAGCUAAUGGCAGAUUUGCGUGAAAGCAGGGCCUUGAUGAACCGCCAGCUAGCUCUCACUACAAACCUACUUGGGUCACUUAAUACUAGGGACCUCAAACAUAUUCAAAGUAACGCUAAAAACGAAGCGUUCUGGGAUUUUAUUUCAAAGUACGAAGGCAGGACCUUCAGCAAAGACGAACGGGCAUCAUACUUGGCCGCACAGGCUCUACGGUUGCUUGGAGAUGACGAAAAGAAGUCUUCUAAGAAAAUAUGGGGUCUCUUUUGA